GUGAUGUCGUACUAAAAAACCUUCAACUUAAGCAGAGUGCUCUAAAAGAGUUAGAUUUGCCUGUUCAAACCAUCUAUGGAUGUCUAGGAAAAUUGGUACUAAAAAUACCCUGGAAAAACUUGUAUAGCUUACCAGUUGUAGCUGACGUAGAAGAUUUGUAUUUGCUAGUCGCUCCGAAUGCAGCCGUACCGUACAACGCUGAAAAGCAAGAAAAAGUCGAUUGGGAAGCGAAAAAGGGCGAGUUAGUUAAGUUCGAUGAAGCGAAAAAGCGCGAACAAGAAAAGGACAAACCGCAGGCAGAUAAAUCGUUCACUGAAAAAUUAGUCGCACAAAUCAUCAACAAUGUUCAAAUUCACAUCAAGAACGUUCACAUCCGUUACGAAGAUCGUACCACAUCGUCAAUACCGUUUUCGAUGGGAAUCACGCUUGGCACGUUGGAAGUUCACACGACGAAUGCCGAUUGGGAAAAGGCUUUCCUAUCCGAAGCACUGAGCAAAGUGUUCAAAGUGGCGAAAAUGGAUGGACUGGCAAUUUACAUGAAUUGCAAUUCGAAUUUAUUCCAGAGCAGUUCGACUACCGAGUACACGGAUCUGUUCAUGAAAACAAUUGCCACCAAAGAAGCCGUUCCCGAAAAUUUCACAUACGUUCUCGGACCCAUCAAUUCGAUAGCAAAAUUGAAAUUGAACAUGGAACCGCAACUGGAUGGAUUCGAAAGUCCUAAGGUCGAUCUGUUCCUGGAAAUGGAGAAAUUAGCCGUUGGCAUAACCAAGGCGCAAUAUCAAAAUUUAAUCGGUCUGGCUGAUAGCAUGAGUGCGAUGUCACGCGGACUACCGUACAGACAAUACCGACCCUACAACACCCCGUACCGCAAAAAUGCAAAAGUUUGGUGGCAUUUUUCGUACGAAAGCAUUUUGGAGACGGAGGUGAGACGACGAAAAAAGUGUUGGUCCUGGUCGCAUAUGUUGCAGCAUAUACAGUUAUGUAAGGAAUAUGCGGCAGCGUACCAAGCUAAAAUUUCGGUUAAGACACCCACGGCUGCUCAGAUCCAGCAAUGCGAAGAUUUGGAAAAGAAGCUGGACCUGUACAAUAUACUGCUGAUUCGUAAGCGUGUGGAUCUGGAGGUGAAAAUAUCUGACAAACAAAAGGCAGAAGCACCAAAGCCAACAUCCUGGUUUGGCGGAUGGUUCGGCGGUAACAAAGAAGACGUUACGAAGAAGAACGAAAGCGACGACAUAUUGCAUCAAUUCAAAACAGCCAUGACUCCCGCUGAAAAAGCAAAAUUGUUUGAGGCAAUUGGCUACACCGAAGGCGUCACAGACACUGUGCUUCCGCUGGAUUACGUUGCUAUAUCGAUGGAAUUCAAACUGAAUUUGUUAGAGGUGUGCGUUCGCAACGAAUCACCAGUCACUGAUCCGAAGUCACCGUCAACAUUCAACAAUCAGACCGUACUGUCGCUUCAAGUGCAAGGUGUUAAGUGCGGCAUCGACCAGCGGCCCGCGUCAAACGGACUUAAAGUUGAUUUGAACUUGAAAGAAUUCACCGUCUGCGGUUACAAACAGGAGGACCACCUGCCGGUCUUAGUGAAAUCGAAGAUCGGUGAAUUGGUUGACGUGUCUCUGUUGAAUGUUAAAUUCGAGAUGAAUCCGUUGGACAAGCUCUGUGAUCAACGGGUGAAUGUUUCGGCCAGACCAUUGGAAAUAGCCUACGAUGCUGAGACCAUCAUCCAAUUGGUGCAGACAUUUAAAUUGCCGAAUAACACCAACCUAUCCGAAUUGACUGAUGCGGCUGCGGACAAAAUUUCGAACAUUAAAGAACGUUCUGCGACUGGCAUACAGUACAUGGUGGAGAAGCAUACCCGUUUGGAGGUGAUGAUCUCUGUCAUGCCUAACUAUGUGCUGAUUCCGUUCGGUGGCAAAUACAUACCAGACAAAGUCCAAGUCAUGGUCAUCAGUUUGGGUAAAAUUUCGCUGAAAUCAGUUCCGAAUGACGAUCGUAAAGAUAUAUCGAUGAUGCAUUCACUGCAAUUUACCAAUGAGGAUAUAAUGAAGGAAGUUAUGGACCAGGCGUAUGACAAGUUUAGAUUGGAUAUUGAAAAUAUUCAGAUUUUACUAGCCAAACCGACGGAUGAUUGGAAAGAGAUUUUGUUGAGUGGCAGAGUUACCUCGAUGCAUAUUUUAGAACCGAUAGCAAUGAACGUCUGUGCUGAUAUGUGUGUGGUUGAUGAUGAUCCCCGUUUGCCGAAAACUCGCAUUACCUCGAAAUUUCCGCAUAUUCGGUUGUCGGUUACUGAAGACAAUGUACUGGAUGCGCUGGCAUUGAUCACUAGUAUUCCUUUCCCGGAAAAUGAAGAAACUAAGCCGAUGGCAUUGAACAAGGUAAACCAUCGAAAGUGGCUGAAAGUGGAUUCGUUGCAUCGAGUAAAUCCUUCAUCCGAUAUCUCGACGAAAAAACAGUCCAGAAAACCGAAGAAACCGGAAGUGAAACACACCGAUCUGUCGCAAGAGAUCAUCCAGUACACUGACUUGGAAUUUUCCUUUGUCAUGAACGAGCUUUCCGUCAACAUUUACAAAUCCAACAAACGAGAUUUGGAUUCAACCCCGACGUCACAAUAUCGAACGCCAACCGAAGAAUUUCAAGAUGAUCAAAGUAUGUCCGUCGCAAGUCAUCGUUGCAGUGUGAUGGAAUCGGUUUUGAACGAAAGUAAUCAGGAAUUGAAGUUGUCGUUUCAAAUCAAACAACUGGAAAUGGGAUUGGUUCAACGAACGUACGAUAUGAAGGUGUCCUUGAAACUUGGAGCAAUCGUAAUGGAUGAGUACCAGCACGUUGCGGGUGUUGAAAAAACAAUCAGAAUGAUCGAGACACCUUGUUACGACGACCUAUCUGGCUACUUGUUCUCACUUCAGUACACCAAUGCCAACAAAGCAUCACCGGAAUUCACGACAAAGUACAAAUCUGUCGAGCAACUCAUUGAGAUAAACUUUUCGGUUUUGAUUUUGCGCCUGCAUCAAGAAGGUUUGACCGAAUUGCUGCAGAUUGCCAACAAUUUCCAGACUAAAUUGGACAAAGUCUUAAAUCCGCCUGGUAAAGACCGGAUUGCCAGUGCUGGUGAUCCGGUAGCGAACGUUCUAGCUACCAUAGCCGAAGAGCCGACUGCUGUUCCGACGUCAUCGAAAGCAGCUUUGCGUAACAUAGCCUCGUUGGUCGAUUCGAUUAAGAUCAAACUCAUCGCAAAAAUGGAACGAGUUGCAAUUCUCUUGGAAAAUGAGCGACGAGCAAUUGCUGAUUUAAAGAUUGAAAACUUAACAGCCGGUGUCGUAAUGAAAACAUCUUACACCGAAGUGUCCGUAAAGUUGCAAGACAUAAUCAUCACUGACAUGAAUCCAGAAACCAUUCAUCCAACGAUCAUUUCCGUUAUCGGUGGCAAUGCUAUUGCAUGCCAAAUUGUUUUGUAUAACCUUCACGAAACGUCCGUGUACAACUCGGAUGACAUGAAAAUCGAUGUGUCCAUGGGCUGUGUCAAGAUCAUUUUUCUCAAUUGGUUUGUUAACUCAGUUCUGAGCUUUUUGGACAAUUUCCAAGCCGCCCAACGAGCCAUCGCCGAUGCUAGUGCUGCUGCAGCAGAAACAGCCAAACAAAACAUGGUUGAUGCAUACGCCAACGCUACCAGAAUGAGACUUAACAUAAAGAUCAAGGCGCCCAUCAUCAUCGUGCCAGUUGAUUCGAAAUCAUUGGAGGCGAUCUCAAUUGAUUUGGGUUCGCUUAGCAUCACCAACAACUGUUCUGAGAUAGUUGGCUCAAGUACGACGGACUCUGGUGCUGCUAUACUCGAUGAAAUGAAGUUGGAGUUGACUGACAUGAAAAUAUCGAAGAUCGUAGUACUCAGCAGCGAUGGUGCGCAGCGUACUGGUGAUUUGGAAUCGGACAGCGUGUACGGAAUCCGCAAGGUAAACGACCAUUCAAAUAUGCUCGAUCCGACUAGCUUUGUGCUGAUAAUCAAGAGGAACUUAUCAAGCUCUUGGUACAAAGAAAUACCGGAAAUGGAUAUCUCGGGACGACUGAAGAGCAUAAUCCUCAAUCUGAUGGAAAGCGAUUACAAAAUGUUGAUGAUGAUACUGGGCAAAAAUAUGUCGGAAGGAUCGGAUGAGCGGACUGCGAUCGUUCAACCGGUAACACCAGAGAAAACGCCAAGCAAUAGUGCAUCAACGAAUACGAAUGCUCAAUUGCACGUCCUAAACGAAGCCGGAAUUACUGGUCGUGAUGGUGAAUCAUCGGCAUGGGAUUCGUUAGCUAAAAAGACCGCCGAUACGAAACCAUUCGGUCUUGACAUUGCUUCGUUGAAACCGGGAAGUCCGACGCAGGCCGUAAAUAUAUUUUUGAAAUUCGCUUUUCAAAUGGACAGCAUAAUUCUGAACCUGUUCACUGAUCAAAACGAAGGCCUUGCAACAUUCGGCAUACAUUUCCUUUCAUUGAAGGGGACCAAGCUGGUCGAUGAAUCUCUUAGUGCGUCCAUUGUUUUGUGUGACGUUCAGCUCGAUGAUACUCGACCGGACCGACAGAACUAUAUUACUAAAUACAUGAAGAAACGCGAUUCGGCAGCCCACACCCAUGAUGAUACCUCAAAACCAGAUACCUCAAUGGUGGACAUAGUUGUUCGCAUCACUCAAAACGAGAUGUUCGUGAACCUCAAAGUGUCUAGCUUCGACCUGAUCUUAUGUUUGGAAUAUCUAAUGAAAAUCUUGCAGUUUGUUUCUGUACCUGAAGAUGAGUCUGCACCUAAGGCCAUCGCACCCGGUCCGGCGACAACAGCACCAACAACAGCGGUGUCGAAAAAAACUGUUGCAGAACCUGCAGAUGUAUCGACAGCUCCAAACAAACAGAUGACGGUACUGUUACGAGUCGAUCAGCCGGAUAUUAUUUUGGUAGAAAAAAUGGAUGACAUCAACUGUUUGGCGUUGAUUUUGAAUACUCAAAUUGAAUUGCGAUUACGCAUCCAAGACGACAAACAAAAUAUCAAGGGCGACAUAUCCGAUCUGAAAUUCUACAUCUGCGAAUUUAAUCCUGCCAGACGAGAGGCAACCAAACAUUUUAUUUUGCAGCCAUGCCAGAUUGCUCUGCAUGGUAAUACGCCCGAAGAGAGAGGAAUGAACAUUAGUCUGACAACGAGUGACAUUCGAGUCAAUAUUUCACCAGCAAUUAUUGAACUUUUGAACAAGACAUUGACUACUCUGACCGGAAGUGAAGCCAAGAAUGAUGAAACUUUGGUGGAAAUGACGGACUACAGCGACCUUUGGGAUGUAAAAACGUACAAAGAUGCCGACUAUUGGUUUAUGAAAGUUGACGAUGCCGAGGAUGUUCUAAAGACAUUGGAUCUAGUUGAAGUAAAGGAACAUUUACCAGAAGUGUGUAUUGUAGAAGUACCGUCCAUCGUUUUGGUUAUUGAAACGGGUUUGGGCUACUACACGUAUCCGAUGUUAGUAAUCGAAACCAAAAUGAAUGCCCAAGUGAGAGAUUGGAGCUCAGAGAUUUCCAUUGAAAGUUCAAUGACCCUUGGAAUGGCUUACUACAACAGUUCCAUGGCGGUAUGGGAACCAAUUAUCGAACCGAAUGAACGGGAAAAAUCAAAUGGAUUGUCUGAAUACGGUCCAUGGGAACUCAAUUUUAGUUUGAAAAUCGAAAAGAAUUUGGAUGACAAUACGGGUCAAGUCGAACCAAAAACAAAAAUCUCAGUCUCAUCGUCGGAUACGUUGGAAAUGUCCGUCACGAAAACGUGUCUCGACGUUCUACAAGAUCUUGGAAAUGCAUUUUCUCAGGCUAUUCGUCCGGAAGGCUUGCACAAACCGGAUAUUGUAGCGCCGUACAUUGUCGAAAAUGAUACCGGCUUCGAUGUUACGUUGAAUCUCAAACGAGGAGCAUUUUUCUUGCACACCUCGCAUCUUCCGACUGGUACUGGCAAUGAAGAAGUCGUAAGAAGUGGCGUCGUUUUUAAGUCAUCGACGACCAAUGGAACUGAACUGAGUCCGGAAGAAGUGACAACAUGCAAAAUUUCGCCAGGAGCUAAAGCUUAUCUGCAGGGAAAGAAGGAGGAUUCAAUGAAUGCGAUCAGUGCGUUUAGUUCGCUGAACAAGGAUAGUCAAAACGACAUGUUCUUACACGUACAGAUUGGUGACAUCGAUAAAGAGGUUACGCUGCCUAUACAUAAGGCCGAUCGACGAUACUUUCCACUGUAUCGGGAUACGAAACAGGAACCUUGGGGAAUACUGUCAAAUGUGAAAACUGAGUACGGCAGUAAAGUCAUCACCAUCAGCGGUGUACUUAAGAUACAAAACCACUUUUCAACCACGGUCAACGUAUUCCGAAUGCGUGACGGAAUCUUCCACGAUAUUGGCCAAGUUGCACCCGGUUCUAGCUACAAUGUACCUCUACACGCGUUAUAUGCCGCGCACAAGGAACUGUACUUUUCGAUAGCCGGAUAUAAAACAUCGGUUCAAGGAAUCAACUGGAAAGAUUGUCCCAGCGACUUUAAGUACACAAAAUACCUGCAAUGUGACCCAAUGGACACAUUCGAACCAUUUUAUAUAACGGCAAUCCGAGAACGCGAAGAAGUUUACCAUGAAGUGACAUCUAAAGUAACGAUGCUAAGUGCGUGCUAUGUGGUUCACUUGAAGCCACCACUCUAUUUGCGGAACGCUUUACCCAUCGAUAUUAGUAUAUCAGUUGCUGGUUGCUCGGUAGCCAACACCGACGAUGUAACCGAAGCCAAAGAAGUGUCACAAGUCGAUGGAUCCCCGGUUAAGAAAAAUGUCGGCCUGGAACUUUCGCCAAGAGAUGACUUUUUGGACUAUGGCGAAAAAGUGGUUAAACCCGGCGAUGUACUUCAUCUGCCAACGGUUAAGACAACCGUCAAAGAAGGUGACAAUAAGAGUUAUCUCGUUGCAAGGCUCAUUCAAUAUUUGGAAAAAGAUUGGUCCUGCACCACUGAAAUACCGUCUGUUCCAUCUGAGUUUGCCGUCUGGACAUUCUCCUCAUAUGAUUCAGUGGAUAAAAUGACUCUUGACUUGGGUGUUAAGUUCGAAAAUCGUUAUGGCAGCCUUCAGUUAACGGUGUAUUGUCCGUACUGGAUGAUCAACAAAACCGGUCUCCUUUUGAGCUAUCGCAAGUCACGAAAAACCGAAAAACAUGAACUCUCUGGUUCACCUGCUAAGGCCAGCGACGAAAAUGUCAACGUUCUCUACCAUCCUCCCGAAUGGGAAGGACCGAUUCUAUUCUCCUUCCGCGAAAAGGUCUUUUUCGGAAAGAAACGUGCAUCCGUCCGAGUCGAAUCCGGAGAAUGGAGCGAUCGUUUUGCCUUGGACGCGGCUGGAUCUACUGGCGUUGUGGAAUGCAAAUCGAAUGAGAUGAUCUAUGAGAUUGCCGUGCACAAUACACUGACGCACAACUCGUUGACGAAACAAAUCAUGUUCAUUCCGAUGUAUGUGAUGAUGAACAAAGCCCCAUUUACGAUCGAAGUACAGGAGGAUCGACGAACCUGGCGAUCCGUGGAUUAGAAGUGCCCU